AUGCCACCGGAGAACCAACAAUUACUAAUGCCCGAUGCGGAUCAAGACUUUGAUUUAGAUAGCAAAUGUGGGAAUGCAGAUGAUGAGGAUGAUGAACCACGUGCACUUGAGACUGAGUCUGAUGCGAAUUCAGACAACGAGAUAACCCAAGAUACAGCGGCUAGCACACGUCCGCAUCCGAGUAAACACCAGAAGAGCUUGAAGCUUCAGGAACUAUGUAAAAGGGUAUGUUCACUUUCUGUCCACACCGUCACGUCAUGGAUUUCGCGAACUUACUCAAUCACCUGA